GAGGCCGGUUUGGCGGCGGCGGGGCCGCGUCGAGCCGAGCUCUGGGGCUUUGUUGGAGGGGCCGGGGCGGGGCCAUCUUGUUCCUGCCGAGCGAAGCGGCGGCACCGCCGGGCAGCGCCGACGGACGGGGCCUGCGCCGCCGCCGCGGGGCCGCCGACAAGAUGGAGGGCGGCGAGGGGGCGCGGGGACACGGCGCUGGGCUCCUGCCGGCCUUCGGGCUUCUCAAAACACUUGUGUGCUCCCCGUUGCCAAGUCAUCGCAGGCCUGGAGUCUGAAUUGGCCAGAAGCAGAACGACCGGAUGCUGACGAGAGGAGUAGACCGAAAUGACAUGCUGAGCAUACAGCGGCUGAGGCAGGCAGGAGGAGCAGCAGGGCACCAGGAGCAAGGAUGAGGACUCCGAGCUGCGGAGAGGAAAGAAGAGAGCACCCGAAGGCGUCGACCUUGCUCUGAAGAGGAAGGUGUAUGCUAAUGAUUAAACAAGCUUUAAGAAUGGAUGAAGGCUUUAAACCACAGACACUUGACUCCAAUCUUCAGAGUCCAUCAGAGACAUUGCUUUCCAUUCGACUGUUAGACUUUAAAACAAGUUUAUUGGAGGCUAUAGAAGAACUGCGUAUAAGAAGGGAAACAGAGAUAAAUUAUGAAGAUCAUAUAAGUAAAAUUGUUGUAGAGAAACAGGAACUUGAAUGGCAGAAGGAAACUCUGCAGCAUCAGACAGACAUGUUACAGCAACAGAACAAAGAAGCUAUGGCAGCUUUUAAAAAGCAGUUACAAGCAAGGAUGUUUGCCAUGGAAGAAGAAAAGGGAAAAUACCAACUUGCUGUGGAAACAAAAGAAAAAGAAAUUGAUGGGCUGAAAGAAACACUUAAAACGUUACAGGAUCAGAAAUUACAGUUGCACUUAACAGCAAGAGAGGAGCAUCAUAAGAAACUGAAUGAAGUUGAGAGGUGUUAUGCCACUAUUGUAUGUCAGUUUGGCAUUGUUAAAGGUGUUCACGGACAAUUAGAACACAGUGUACAGGAAGCGAUACAGCUCAAUAAGAAACUAACAUCAGUGAAUAAAAAACAAGAGACUGAAAUAAGUAAUCUGAAGGAAGAACUGAAGAAAGUAACUACAGACUUGAUAAGGUCCAAGGUCACAUCUCAGUACAGGGUGGGAGAAGAAAACAUCAAUCUUGCAGCACGGGAAAAACAGUUUCAAGAACUGCAACAAAAAAUCAGAAUGGAGGAAGCAGUUAGUAAAAAAGUUAAAGAAGAAAACACUCAAAUUAAAGGAGAAAAGCUGACCCUUGAAAGAGAUAAUGAGCUGCAAAGGGAGAAGGCAAAGGAAAAUGAAGAAAAGUUCCUUAAUCUUCAGAAUGAGCAUGAGAAAGCACUGAGAACUUGGAAAAAAGAUGAGGAAAAUAUGAGAAGAGAGAUAGCCACUAUUAAAAACGAGCUGAAUUCGCUUAAGGGGGCUCAAGGACAUCUUGAAGAUUAUCCUCCUCCUCGGGGAAACCAGCAUGCUGAGCAAGUGGAAAGUCUGCAGAGUGGUCAAGAACCAUCAAAAUACAGUGAAAUGCAGACUACUCAGAAGGAAAAGGAGAGAAUGCAAUCUAUACUAAGAAAAGACAGUAUUCUUGGACGUGAAGAUGAAAUUGAAGUAAAAAACUCCUUAAACAUUGAGGAAUUACAGAUAGAACAAAAUUUACAAGUUCUUGAAAACAGUUUUAAGGAUGAAAUUAAUGUUGCUAGCCAUUAUGAAGAAAAGCAAAGGGAGGUUUCUCCCAGGAAUACCCUCUGCACAGAUACUGAUUUAAUUACCCAAGGACGGACCUCGGAAAUACGUGUCACUGAGUGCAAAGAAGCAGAAAAUCUAGGAACUACACAUAGAAUGUUACUGGAGAAAAGCAAUGCAAAAUUAGAACAAAAGCUACAGGACAGCACUGAUCCAGUGGCAGCAUGCCACACAGAAACAAGACAGGUAUUUUUAGACAGCACUGACACAGUUUUCUAUGAGAAAAAUGCAAGUCAAGGCACCAAUUCUAGUAAGCAAGAAUUGUGUAACACUACACAUGAAUCAAUUUGUACUGAGGCAGACAAACAAUCAAAUACUAUAGAGCACAACAGUGCCCUUAUGCCUGAAGCAUCUGAAAAAGAGUCUGAAGCAGUUAUCUGCAUUGAGAAGAAUGUUGUGUGUGAGAGAAUGACUGAUAAUCAUCAAGAAAAAGAAUUCAAUUUUGGCAUCCUUCCUUAUGCUAAGGAGAAUUCUCAGACAGAAUACCAGAAAUGUAGCUUGCUGGACAGUGAUAAUUAUGUAGGUAACAGAUUACAUAGAACAGAAAAAAACUUGUUAAAGGUGAGUGGUUUACGUAGAGAUAAAUUUCCUUUUAAACAGACACAUGUAGAUGCUGAAGACAGAAAUUACAAUGACAAAGACAGAAACAUGAACAGAAAUAGUGCACUAAGGAGUACUGGUAUUCCAGCCACUGAUGCUCAAAAUAUACCCUCUGUUUGUUGUGAUAAUGCAAGUGCCAGUGCUGCUGCAAAAGAACACAGUAGUAAUAUGCCUGUUUCAGGUACUUCAAAUUUAUGCCCUGAAAAAGUAGAUAAAGGAAUAAAUGUGGAUGACAGGCACAGCAAACAAACUGAACAAGGCAGUACUGAGCAAUCAGGAGGUGAUACAAAUACAUGCACUCUGAAUGCUGAAGCUGUAUCUCCAGUAAAGGCUGCUGAUCUUGAAAUAACUGUUCAUAAAGUCCCAACAGAUGGAAUUAGUACAGAUAAACUUUUUCUGUGUGAAAAACUUAAUGAUGAUAUUCAGAUACAGUUAAUCAAAAAUGGACGUUCCCUGGAGAUUAAUGAUAAUUCAAUAAAUAAUACAUUGUUAAAAGAGAAAAAAGGAUCACUGCACAGUACAGUUCCAGGAAGGAAGUUUGCUGAGGGUCACCUGAAAGAAUCAUGCUCUUUACCCAUGAGAACAUCUGGAAAUUUAGUAAAUGUAAGUGGAAGGUCAUCCUUUGAUCUUUCAACUUCAGAUAAAAAAGCUGAGAAAACUCCAGUACACUUCAAUUUUUUAGACCUUGGUUCUUGUUCAAGAGUAAAUCAAAUGAGAAGUCAAGUUACAUGGACUUCAGCUUCCAAAGAACCUCCUGUUUUGAAAGAGAAACUACCAUGCCUAGUGGAAAACAGAAAGGUUAUUUCAAAAGCACCAUGUCAAAGUCCCAAUGAAAAUGUUGCCAAGAGGAAAAAAGGACUAGGUUCUAUCAGUUCUAACAGAGCUGCCGACACUUUGAGUACCUCUAGUAUCCACCGAGACCCCCAGGGAGACCCUAGUGAAGAAUGGAAUGCUACAGCAAAGACUUUUUAUGAUUCUUCUUUUCCCAGAGAACACGUGAAAGGAGGAUUUACUGCUUCACAUGAGCAGAAGUCUUCUCAUGUAACUGUAACUCCAGCAAAAAGUGAAAGAAUGCUUGGAGAUGAAGGCAGCUGUUCUACUCAUAAUUCUAACAUACAAAAUCAAAUAGAAGAAAUUGAGAAAUUCCUCCAGGUGGAGAGACUUUGUUCAUCAAGAAAAAGAAAACAUGAAGACAGAGAAUAAAGAACAGUGGCAGGAACUUAAAAGCAUGUAUGUGUCUGUUAGGCACAGAUAAAUCACUUGCAUAAACCAGAGUGAUAAAAGUGUUCCUAUAGAAUGUGGUACGUAUUAAUUGUGCUUUCAUGUUUAAUACAAAGUAUAGACCUCUUCUGUUUAAAAAUGGUGAAAUUCCUACUAAUAAAGUUCUGUUUCUGCAGUCAACUGCACGCAAGUUGUUACAAGUUUUGCCUGAAGUUAAAAGUUCACAAGUUAAAGUUUUAAUAAACCUGUAAGUAAUAUUAAACUAUUGCUUAAGAUUCUCCUCUUUCUUGUUCUGAGGAACUUUUGACUGAAAUAAUUCAGUUUGGUUUCUGUCAGACUGCUCACUCAAUUUUCAAACAAUCAGCUGCAACUGUUUCAAAAUAUAAUGGCUCCUCCUAGAAACAUAACAACUUGGAGCAGUUCAAAGAGGCAGAUGAAGAAAAUCAUCUGCUUACCUCUACUACAGAAGUAUUUAAAUAUUUGUCUAAGUAAUACCUCUGUCAGCACUAAAGCAUCAGGUAUGAUUCACAAAGAUAUACCAGCAGGUAUUACUUCAUUGUUUCACUUUUAACUCACUCAUGUUUUUCCUCCUUUAGGGUAUGAGGAAAGCUCUCUCUUAUUUCACAUUAUUUACACUCUUUUUUCUGAUUACCCUCCCUUCAUUCCCCCACCUCUUGCCAAAGAAAGAUCCUCAUAUUAUGAACUUACAUAACAAUAACAAAAGAAACAACCACUAUUGCUAAUGUUAUAUUGAUAAUUAUGUAAUAAAAUCAACAGACAAUACUCUCCCAGGUUAGCUUUAUUGCCUUUUUUUGGUUUCAAUUUAGAAUAUUUAGCUUCUAUAAACCAAUUGCAUACAUUUUGGCAGUGUUCACAAA